AUGGUGAAUUUGGCAGGGCUUGCGAAUUCUCAGAUUGCUGCUAGUGCUUUUACAUGGGGUACAGUUGCUGUGCUUCCAUGUUACACCUUCAUGGUCGUCGCGCCCCAAGCUAACUUUACAAAGAAAAUAGUGGCAAGCAGCAUACCCUAUAUUGCUCUUGGCAUCUUGUAUGCUUAUCUACUCUAUCUGUCGUGGACACCCGACACAAUCCGCUACAUGUUUGCAAGUAAAUACUUGCUGCCCGAGCUACCAGGCAUCGCCAAGAUGUUCUCGAGCGAGAUGACACUCGCUUCUGCUUGGAUUCAUUUGUUAGCUGUCGAUCUCUUUGCUGCAAGGCAGGUUUAUUUUGAUGGACUGCAAGACAACGUGGAAACCCGGCAUUCGGUUUCUCUUUGCCUGCUGUUUUGCCCCAUUGGCAUUUUUACACAUUUUAUAACUAAAGCAGUGAGCGGGAAAACAGAGCAUGGAACUCGUUGA